AUGGCCUCGGACUGCACACAGCUUCUCAUAUGCAUCAAGAUGCUGGAGAGCCAUGGCUGUUUUAUUUGGACAUUGGUGCUGUCGAUCGCUGUGGGAGUUGAAUGUGGCGUAGGUGAGCAAUGGUUGUACCUGGAGCAGAAGGUCGAAGCCUACGUAAAUAAAAUUAAUGAGUCGUCCGGAGGUCAGGUCUUGACAUGGGGUAUGACUGCCGAUUACGCGUAUUGGCGAGAUUAUCCACAUCGUCAUAACCAAAGACCUCCUGUGAAUGGUGAAAUAGACUGGUAUGACUACGCCAAAUGCUCCGGAAUCAACACUUUGAAAGAAAGAGAAACCGAUUGCACUGGGCUUUUCAAUUGGAAUAUUCACAAAGGCAUAAACGCACCAUUCUAUCUUGGCCAAUUCACCAUGGUUCCGGUAACGUACAAGGGACUAGGUUACAGGGCAGUUACAUUUAACGUCAGUGGUCUCAGCAAGCACUCAGAAGAGCAGAGGUGGGGUCAUUUAACCUCUGUAACCAAUCGACUGCUCUUUCAGGCAAGUGAUUUAUUCGAGAAAGCCGCACUCAAGGAGUGCUUGCUUGACUACGGCGUUAACUACGGGCACCACAUGAAAGGAGCGUGCCGCUGGCUCCGCUUUGCAGCGGCUAACGAGUCUUGA